AUGGAGCACAUUAAAAGGUUUAAACUCAAACAUACACUCAUAAGUCCUACGACAAUAAGUAUAGCGGGUACUCUAUUGACAUUAUAUUUCUUAUCAAAAUUUUUGUUCUCAAUAUCACCUUCCAUUGCUAAUAUUAUUACAUUUCCUAUAACAUUAAUAUCAAUAAUAUUUUCACCUUCAUCAUCUACAAUAUCAGAAUCAUCAUCCACAUCAAUCUUUUUAAACCCCUACGUACCAAAUUUUAGAAAUAAUCCUGGUGUAGAAUUUUAUGAUCUGGCUAAUUAUCAAGGUAAUAAAGAUGGAUGGCAAAAAAAUGACCGAAUCUUAUUUUGUGUCCCAUUAAGAGAUGCAGCUGAACAUUUACCCAUGUUCUUUGAUCAUUUAAAUAAGAUGUCAUAUCCACAUAAUUCCAUUGACCUUUCCUUUUUAGUUAGUGAUUCAUCAGAUGAUACCAUGGGUGUAUUAUUAUCUAAUUUACAAAACGCUCAAUCUCAACAAGAUAAAUCCAAAAGAUUUGGUAACAUUGAAAUUUUCGAAAAGGAUUUUGGUCAAGUUAUUGGUCAAUCAUUCUCUGAUAGACAUGGAUUUGCAGCUCAAGGUCCAAGAAGAAAAUUAAUGGCAAGAGCUCGUAAUUGGUUGGGUUCCGUGGCUAUUAAACCUUAUCAUUCAUGGGUUUAUUGGAGAGAUGUAGAUGUAGAAACUAUCCCAAGAACCAUUAUGGAAGAUUUAAUGCAUCAUGAUAAAGAUGUCAUUGUUCCAAACGUUUGGAGACCAUUACCUGAUUGGUUAGGAAAUAUUCAACCAUAUGAUUUAAAUUCUUGGAAGGAAUCAGAAGGUGGAUUACAAUUAGCUGAUACAUUAGGUGAAGAUGAUGUUAUUGUGGAAGGGUAUCCUGAAUAUGCAACAUGGAGAUCACAUUUAGCUUAUAUGAGAGAUCCAAAUGGGAAUCCAGAAGAUGAAAUGGAAUUGGAUGGUAUUGGUGGUGUUUCCAUCUUGGCAAAGGCAAAAGUUUUCAGAACGGGAUCUCAUUUCCCAGCAUUCUCAUUUGAAAAACAUGCUGAAACUGAGGCAUUUGGGAAAUUAUCACGUAAGAUGAACUACAAUGUUAUUGGAUUACCUCAUUAUGUCAUAUGGCAUAUUUAUGAGCCAUCAAAGGAGGAUUUGAAACAUAUGGCUUGGAUGGCUGAAGAAGAGAAACGAAAAUUAGAGGAAGAGAAAUUAGAAGAGUUUUAUGAUAAGAUUUGGGAAAUUGGAUUUGAUGAUGUCAGAGAAGAUUGGGAAACGGAAAGAGAUUCCAUCCUGAAAAACAUUGAUUUUAAAGGGUCUGAAAAUGAUAUAUUCGUUGAUUGGUCAGAUGAUCCAGAAAAUGAAAAUAAUGAUAAAGCUAACAAAGCAAAUUCAAAUCAAAAUGCAAAGAAUGGACAAGGUAAUGGUGAAGGAGCCUCUGGUGAUAACCCUGGCCAAGCUCAAUAUCCAAAGGAAGUCCCAUUAGAAUUUGAUCCUGAUAAGAAUUGA